UGGGAGAGCAAAGCGGAACGGCAUGGCUCGCUUCCUUAAACCCUUCUCCCUUCUCGGCCCCUCUUCCUCCCCUCGACGAUCCUUCCUCGCCGGCGCCGGCAACAUCCACUUAGCCUUUGACGACAACCUCCUCCGCAUCCUUCGCAAUGAAAUCGCCUACCUCUCCAACUACCUUCCCUCGCGUCCGCUUCCGCAGCGCUUCAAGUGGUUCUCCAUCGAAGACCACCCCGGCGAGCAGUGGAUCCGCCUCCGGAACGAGAACGGCGCCGAGGAGGUCAAGGUGGACGCCACCAUGUUCGACGGCGCCGAGCCAUUACCUCUCGCGUCAGCCCCGUUAUUCGAAAAGGUGGAGGCCAUGGAACGCGGCCCCCGCCCCCGCAUUAGCCUUAUAGUUGAGGUUGCCCGCGCCGAGCCUGCCGACUCAGUUCUCGAGUUCAUCUGCUCAGCUUGGCCUGACUCCCUUGAGGUUCAGAUGAUGUUCCCUCUGCGCCGAAAGAGCGCCGCUGUUCGCCCUUACAUGGGUCGUGAUUUCAAGGAUUUAGAGAAGGAUUUGCGGAGUCGGGUGACUUCAUACUUGGAGAAACAGGGGGUGGAUGAUGAACUUGCUGAGUUCUUGCACGAGUAUAUGGCCAACAAGGACAAAGUGGAGCUGCAUCGAUGGUUGAGGAUGGUUGAGUCUUAUGUCCAGAAGUAGAGAGGUUCUUCCCCAAUUUGCUAGUUUGAAUUGUUUUCUCCUCCAUGAAUCUAGACUCUGCUUAACUUAUUUCUUGAAUUUGUUCACAAUUUUAUAGUGCAUUCCCCUAAAA